AAAUGACCCGAGUGUUCGAAUAAAUUUCCAGAGGUUCUCCAUCACUUGGGGCGAUUGUCUCGCUUUUGACUACCAUGGCGCUCUCAAGGUCCUCCGGCUGUGUUACCUCCAGAUUUAGCGGCGAUUUGCUAAAACUGAAAGCAACAGAGUCCGCGAGAAAUCGAGGGGGUUGGAUCAUUGGAGGGGUUCUCUUCCUCUUGGCAUUCAUGGCAGAAUCUGGACAUUCUUAUCCUUCUUCAUCAUCGCCAUCCUCGGACCUUCAGAAUCUCGGUUAUGUGAUGAAGAGAAAACGCUGAUUUUGCAUGCAUGGUCUUCUUGCGUGGGAAGAUGGUCCCGAUCUUUCUAGGGUUUUGGGCCAUUGUUUUUGGGAUUUUAAUCCCUGUCAAUGCUAAAACCGAUAAGCCAGACGUCUCUGCUCUCAAUGUGAUGUAUACAAGCUUAAAUUCCCCUCAACAAUUGACUGGAUGGAAAUCAAGUGGAGGUGAUCCUUGUGGCCAAUCUUGGGAAGGAAUCACUUGCUCAGGCUCUUCUGUGACAGAAAUAAACUUAUCUGGUCUUGGAUUGACUGGAUCCAUGGGCUACCAGCUGUCAGGAUUGACAUCUGUAACAUACUUUGAUAUGAGCAAGAACAACCUCAAAGGUGAUAUACCAUAUCAACUUCCACCCAAUGCUGUUCAAAUAAACUUCGCUGGAAAUGGCUUUACUGGUAGUGUGCCUUAUUCUAUUUCUCAAAUGGCUGAUCUGAAAGAACUAAAUCUUGGUCACAAUAAGCUUAAUGGCCAAUUGAGUGAUAUGUUUGGGAAACUCUCUAAACUAACUCUGCUGGAUCUCUCCUUCAACAGCCUGUCUGGAAAGCUACCUCAGAGUUUUGGAUCCCUCUCUCAUCUCAGUACAUUGUAUUUGCAGAACAAUAAAUUUACUGGUCCAAUAACUGUGCUUGCAAGACUUCCCCUUGAUGACCUGAAUGUUGCAAAUAACCAGUUUAGUGGUUGGAUCCCUGAUGAAUUGAAGGAUAUAGAUAACAUUGAAACUGGAGGGAACUCUUGGUCUUCAGGGUCUGCUCCUCCACCUCCUCCAGGUACACCUGCAAUUCCCAAACGUCAUUCAUCCGAAAGUGGCAACAAUAAAUCAGGUUUGAGUGGAGUUGCUAUAGGGGGAAUAGUGAUGGGCGUAUUGAUAUCACUUGUGAUUCUGAUCACUUUAUUUUCACGAAAAUCUUCUUCAUCUUCACAUUAUCUUGAUGACGAGAAUCUUAGUCAGCACAGACCAUUUACCCCCUUGGUAUUGCGUGAAUUAUCUAACUCAAGGCUCUAUCCCCCUGAUCCUAAGAGCUUCAAAGAACGCAGGUCCUUGGAUUCAACAUCUUCAAUUGACACGAAGUCUUUGCAAACAUCUCCUUCAAUUCAUCUUAAGCCACCACCUUCUGAUCGGUUGAAAUCAUUUAAUGAAACCGAAUUCGCAAACAGACUUGGAAGAAGAAGCACAUCUAUUCGCACUACAGUUUUUACCUUGGUAGAUUUGCAGGCUGCAACUGGUAACUUCGCUACAGGCCGCCUUCUGGGUGAAGGAACCGUAGGACGUGUUUAUAGGGCAAAAUAUGCAGAUGGGAAGGUUCUGGCUGUGAAGAAGAUAGACUCUACACUUCUUCAAAGUGCUGGCCCUGAUGAAUUUUCAGGAAUAGUUUCAAACAUCUCAAAACUACACCAUCCAAACAUUGCGGAACUUGUUGGGCAUUGUUCAGAACAGGGUCAUAAUCUGCUAGUCUAUGAGUACUUCAGGAAUGGAUCACUUCAUGAAUUCCUACACCUCUCAGAUGAUUAUAGCAAGCCUCUUACAUGGAACACCAGAAUCAGGAUCGCUCUUGGCACAGCCCGUGCUGUGGAGUAUCUACAUGAGAUCUGUUCCCCAUCCUGCAUCCACAAGAACAUUAAGUCAGCCAACAUUUUGCUUGAUGCCGAACUCAAUCCCCGCCUCAUGGACUGUGGGUUGGCAAAUUUCUACCAGCGUACAAGCGUAAACCUGGGACUUGGAUACAAUGCUCCAGAGUGCACAAAUCCUUCUGCAUAUACAUUGAAAAGUGACGUGUACAGCUUUGGAGUGGUCAUGUUAGAGCUUUUGACAGGGCGGAUGCCAUAUGACAGUUCAAAACUAAGAAUGGAACAGUCUCUAGUCAGAUGGGCCUCACCCCAGCUUCAUGACAUUGAUGCAUUAGCCAAGAUGGUGGACCCAGCUCUGCAUGGGCUGUACCCUCCCAAGUCACUAUCUCGAUUUGCUGAUGUCAUUGCUCUCUGUGUUCAGUCGGAGCCAGAAUUCCGGCCACCUAUGUCAGAGGUGGUUCAGGCACUUGUGAGGUUAGUUCAGCGAUCAAGUAUGACCAAGCGAGGAGACGAUGCUAGUGCUUCUCGGCGGACGGAUGAUGAUUAUUUCUGAGAUAGAAGCUUUUUCUUUGGACGUUUUAUAUACUUGUAAAGCACAUGAGGAAAAGAAUCACCCCUCUUUUUUAAUCAUUAUUUUCUCUGUUCGCGUUUUGAUAUCAAGGCCCUUUUAUUUGUUAGCAUAGAUGCUUCCAAUGGCUUGUAAGAAAAUUUACAGAAACUCUCAGUUGUAGAUUGCUAUUUAAUACUUUUCCUGCUUCAGAAAUCAAUUUAUUGACUCAAAUAAC